UCUGAGAGAGAAGGGAGCAUGCAUUCAGGCUGGGCAAGCUCAGGGAAAACCUGCAAAGGCACGCCAAAAACACACGCCAAAACAAAACCCAAAACACCCGACAAGAAACCCAAGCCCCCCCCGGCAGCCCCCACCCCUCCGCCGCACACACGCUCACACCCCCCUUCCCCCAGAGGGUCUCUAAAGGGAGAGCUUUCUUCCUCUUAUUUCUUAUGAACCCAGGAUGAGCAACAAAGAAGACCCGAGCAAGUGUUGCCCCGCGGCCGCUCCGAUCUCCAGUUUCACCAUCCAGUCCAUCCUGGGCAGCGGCACCUCGGAAGGGGGCAGGGAGCCCGGUUCAAAGGCGGCCGCAGCCUGGCCCGGCAGGAAGAGAAGUCUGUCCGUGUCCUCCGAGGAAGAGGAGCCGGAGGAAGGCUGGAAGCAUCACGGCUGCUUCUGUCCCGAGUCGCCUGGCCCCAAAGAAACGUGCCACAAACACCAGCCCAUCAGUUUCACGUGUCUCAGCAACCCGAAGGGCAGCGGAGCGGCCGUGACGGUCAGCACGGAGAGGACGCAGUUCCUCUCUCCAGCCCAACAGGACUUUAAGGAGGAGAAGGAGAAACACUUCGCCCCCAGCUCCCCCUCCGGGGACAGGCAAAGGGACGGAGGGGACAGACAGGCUAAUUCAGCCAAAAAGAAGACUCGCACGGUUUUCUCCCGGAGCCAAGUGUACCAGCUGGAGUCCACCUUUGACAUGAAGCGCUACCUGAGCAGCUCGGAGCGGGCCUGCUUGGCCUCCAGCCUGCAGCUAACAGAGACCCAGGUGAAAACCUGGUUCCAGAACCGCAGGAACAAAUGGAAAAGGCAGCUCUCGGCAGAGCUGGAGGCGGCCAACAUGGCCCACGCCUCGGCCCAGACUCUCGUGGGGAUGCCCCUGGUUUUCAGAGACAAUUCCCUCCUGAGAGUGCCGGUCCCCAGGUCCAUCGCCUUCCCAGCCCCUUUGUACUACCCAGGCAGCAACCUCUCGGCCUUACCUCUCUAUAACCUCUACAACAAGAUCGACUACUGACUCUAGCAGCCGAUGGCCCCGGCUCCCUCUCUGUAUAGCGCUCUGAUAGCCGGCACGACCUUUCCUAGAGCUCACCCGUCUGUUCUCAUACGAAAGCAAACGUGCUUCUUCCCAUGUUAAGAAAUACACCGUGUGUAUUCAUUAUUUUUUUAUUUAUGGGCUCCUCCCGGUUUCUUUAUUUUCUAGGCUGGCAUAGAGAGUUUUUGUAUCCGAUCGCCACGCACUAGCCCGGCAGAUAUCCCAGACUUUCCGAGCUCCACGGGACUUUAACCGCGCAUUUUAAUCAUGUCUCUGUCUGCACUCGCAGGUAGGAAACGAAAAACCCACAGGGAGCUUGGUUCUUUGACUCCGCAAUUGUAUCAUCCACUUCCUGUCUCCUUUCCUUAAUAUUCUUCCCUCCCUUGAAAAUAAAAUAAUAAUAAUAAUUAAAAAAAAACCUAUUUCAAAUCUGUAAAUAUUUUUAAAGGAAAUAAAACAUUUUAAACAUCGUUUGUAACUUUUGCCAAGUCGCUUGCCUGUUUGAGGUCAAUGAGC